AUGGAAAUCAAUCAUUUUGAUAUUUCAAGUGCGUCAGUGGAAAUUCUUACAGGUGCAGAUGAUUUUUCGGACGAAACCUCUCUUUUAGAUGUAUUAAUUCAGUUGAAAGGCGAGUGCUUUUUCAAUAUAUUCAUCGAAUAUGGGAUUUCAGUAGAAAGCUUAAGAUACAUGAACAGUCAACAUUUAAAUACCAUUUGUCCGAAUAAUAUGUAUGGUCAGCGAAUAAUUUUUGAAAACCAUUUGAAAAAGUGGCAAUCCACUAUAAACGCAGGGGGAGAAGUUGUAACCACUACAGACAAUUAUUCGUCAGAUUCUGCAGAAAGUUCUAACAGCUCAGCAUGUGCAAAAACAGAGGUAGGUACCUAA